GACCACAACGAUCCUGACUGUGUGUGCGAUCCAUCUCUGAUCCCCCUCCAGGAUUUGUUCAAAUAAUGCUGUCUUAAACAACAAUCAAAUGGUUCAAAUCCCUCCUCAUCCUUCCCUCCCUACCAGCGUAAGAAGGACUCUGGAGGAUUAAAGGGGAUCGCAUCUCGAACUUGGAUUUGAAGAGAGCAUUUGCUGCUCCUACGUCCCCCUCUAGGACUUGUUGCCAAUGCCGGGCAUCGCUGGGGAUGCGGCAGAACAUUGGACUCCGGGGCCCAGAAGAGAUUUAAAGGGGAUUUGAACCUUUUUUUGUUAUUUUGGCAGACUGAAAGACCUAACGGUUUCAAGCCAGGAGUAUCCUGAGACAAGGGUUCCUCCUUCCCCCCCACCCUCUCAGAGGGGGAACAAGUCAACAUCCCACCCGCGAAUGAAAGCCCCUCAGCGGAGCCCAGGCCGGGCAGAGCAGAUGCUCGGAGCCAUGGCAGAUAUCUUGACCUCCUUUGCUCUGCCCAGCAGCCAGCAGUGGCUUUCAGAUCCAUGCGAAGUGACAACAGAGGUGAGGGAACUUGAGACCACCAGUAAUGAGGGAGUGCAGACAGGAGAGAGCAAAGAGGCCAAGAAUGACCCAGGGCACCCCAAGACUGGCUGGGCCCCACCAGACGCUGCUGCUGCCCAGGGUCCUCCCAGGGAUACAAGUGCUGCUAGUGUUUCUGAAGGCCCCAGGUCGGUUGCGAUGGAAUGCUUAUUCCCAACAGGCGAAGAGUCGUACUCCAUGACAGGAAGCGAUGGAAGCAUCUCCACGUCAAUGGCCUCGAUCCAGCCACAGCCCUCCACCAGUUCAGCCCCCAGCUCGCCCAGCUCCAAGCGCUCGGUGAGCACGCUGAAAAAGUGGCUGACCAGCCCAGUCCGCAAGCUCAGCAACAGCAAGGUUGACAGGCAAGUGAAGAAGCUGGAAAGCAAGCCCAAGAAGGCAGAGCGACGGAAGAGUGUCGAUGAGCGGCGGAAGAGCAUCGACCUGGGGAUAGUCAACAAAGGGAAUGAAGCUCAAGACGUGAAGGCGUGGAAGGAUGGAUCACUAAGCUGCAGGUUAUCCAGGGAUGAACGGACAACAGCUGUAAUUCCAGAGUCAUCUUCAGCUCCUACUAACGUCUUAAAGAAGGAGGUGGAAGAACAGGACACUGCAGUGCAGACUCCAAUCACCCACCUCUCUGAUCAGGAUGGCGCCAUGGGUUCAUUGACCCACCCUCCAAACGGAUUUCCACAGCAAUCAAUUACAUCAAUAGACACCGAGGAAGAAAAGAGGAGUGCCUUAGAAAAGAGUAUGUAUGUGCUACAAGAACUUGUAGAAACAGAAAAAUUGUAUGUGGCCGACCUGGGUUUUAUAGUGGAGGGUUACAUUGCAACAAUGAAUGAGAAAGGAGUCCCUGAAGACAUGAAAGGGAAAGAUAAAAUAGUAUUUGGGAACAUUCACCAGAUCUUUGAAUGGCACAAGAACUAUUUCUUAGGAGAACUCGAGAAAUGCCUGGAGGAGCCGGAGAGACUAGCAGAGCUCUUCAUAAAACAUGAAAGACGGUUACACAUGUACGUGGUUUAUUGCCAGAAUAAACCUAAAUCAGAGCAUAUCGUCUCCGAGUACAUCGACACCUACUUUGAAGAGCUGAAGCAACAACUAGGCCACAGGCUUCAGCUGAAUGACUUACUUAUCAAACCCGUUCAGAGAAUCAUGAAGUACCAGCUUCUUCUGAAGGAUUUUCUGAAGUAUUCUAAGAAGGCUGAGCUGGACACCACUCAGUUAGAGAAAGCUGUUGAGGUGAUGUGCUUUGUGCCUCGACGCUGUAAUGAUAUGAUGAACGUGGGACGUUUACAGGGCUUUGAGGGCAAAAUAACAGCUCAGGGAAAACUCCUUCAACAGGACACCUUUCACGUGAUCGAACAAGACGCUAGCUUUCUGUCCCGCAGCAAAGAGCGGCGAGUUUUUCUCUUCGAACAGAUCGUGAUCUUCAGUGAGCCACUGGAUAAGAAGAAGGGAUUUUCACUGCCAGGUUAUCUCUUCAAGAACAAUAUUAAGGUUAGCUGCCUAGGCCUUGAAGAAUCUGUGGACAACGACCCUUGUAAAUUUGCCUUGACCUCACGUGGGACAGAUGGGAAUGUGGUGCGAUAUGUCCUACAAGCCACUAAUCCUGAAAUCCUGCAGGCCUGGGUUUCGAAUGUUAGUCAGAUCCUGGAAACGCAGCGUAACUUUUUGAAUGCUCUGCAAUCUCCUAUUGAGUAUCAGCGGAGGGAAAACAAAUCCAACAGCUUGGGAAGACCCCGUGAUGCUAGGACAGCCCUGUCCAUCUCAGCUGGCAUGAGGCCCCAUUCUUCUGCGUCCAUGGACAGGAACCAGUUUCCCUCUAUGAAGGCCUACAACAUGUCGCUGCCGACACUGUUUCUGCCCCCCUGCAGGACUGGCAGUGCCACCCUGGAAACCAAUCAGCCACAGUGUCAGGGGAAGAACACCCGAGAUGGAAAUUCGACCAAGCUUGAAGACCAUGGUCACAAGCCAGUGGACAAGCAUAGGAGCCAAGACAAGCUGGAUGAGAGCAAUCAAUAAAAUAGCAGCUUUGUUGUUUUUUUUUGCUUAAAGGAACUUAGGUUCAGGAGCAUACACAGUGUGAGUCAGCUCCCCAUUGUUAGUUCUUAGUCCAUGAACUAAUUCUCAGAACAAGUCGGUUAAGGUUCGGUGAGCAUUGCCAGAUUGCAUCAACUGUGUGUUUUUGGCCUCCAAGGAUGUGCUCUGGGAUACCACUUAAGCAUAACUAUAGACUCGGAAUCAUGGAAGGUCAAAGGCAUUGUGCUGUCAUGGGUUCCAUGUUACUCAUGUCAUCUGGGUACAAGUUUUCUUAUUGACUUGCAUGUAGGUCAUGACUGCUCAGUUGUUCCAAAUGGAUAUGUGACCCUUUGUGGAAUACCUAACCCCAGUAAGACCAACUGUUUUAUCAAAGAACCAGUUGAUAGGGUUCUUCUAUGGAGGUAAAGUCAUUCAUUUGAGAUUUCUAAAUGGGAUUCAGCUACAUUCUGCUGGUGAAUUUCAAUUCAGUCAAAGGACAGAAUCACCUGCAUUUCUUUAAUGUUGAACAUCAUGCUGAAGCCGACCAUCCUGAUGACUAAGGACUUAGUAUGACAGAUUACUUUCAAAAAGUCUGUCUAAAUGCCAUCAGAAAGAUGCCAAAAAGCAACCCCAGUGCUUCAAAGUGCUGUUGUUGUCUUCCAUUCCACUUAUCUCCCUGUGCCUUCACCACCCAAAUUAAGUUGGAAUCACCACUGUUGCAUUCUCAUCAAUUGGUUGGUUGCACUGGAGUUUUGCAUCUAGUGCUGAAAAAUAUGGAGGCCUGAUCAAAAACUCCACAAUAUCCUUGCUUUGUCAGUCUGCCAUUGUGAUAUCGCAAUGUCAGUAAGACUUGUGCCCAGUUUAAUAUUUUCACAGACUGCACAAUGCUUUUGACUUUUAGGAUUGAUGUCUGAGCACUCAAAAUAAGCCCUCUUGCACUGGAGAGUGUGAAACCAGUUGGGCAACACCAAGAAAAACCUUUACUCAAAAUACACAUCAAGCAGGCUUUUUAAAAUGAAGACAAUUGUGUCAGUUUGGAGUAACUGGGGCAAAAAGAAAUGUUGCCAAAGAUACGGUUGGUGAAAGAUCCAAGCAUGACAUCAAGGAAGCAUGUCAACUCUUUAGCAGAAGAGUGAAAAGGUACUUGCCUGGAAUGGGAUACAUCCAAAUUGCCAGUGAAGGCAUGCAAUCAUAUCCAGUAUUUGCCUGUGUGAAAAUGGUUGACUGUCUUUAUCAAUGUUACAUAAGUACCAAUCGACUCUCUGUGGUCUAAGCUUUGUAUAUGAAGACCAUUUUCAAUUUUGAAUCCUCUCUGGUUAGAAUUUGUAAACAUUUCUAAUCUCGCUGUAUCUUCUUUUUCAGUUCUUAAGUCUUUUUUGUUUUUGAAAUUUGCAUUUGUGCUCCAUUCUGCACCCUUCCUCGUCACUCCAUGGUGAGCUUCUAGCCCACCACCUUGCACUAGUUGUCGGGAAAAUGGCCUAUGAGGAACUUCCGAGCCCUGCUGCUACUCUGCACCAUGUCCACAAACAGGCAGUUCAUGCUGCUUCACUCUAAUGACUUCUUCCCUGCACCUUAGUCAUGCUGCUGUCUUUUUGUUCCUGACCAAGGAAACAAACUUAAAAUCACCAAUAUCAUGGUGUCUAGGUGAAGCUGGGCAAAAAAGUACCACCUUAUCUUCACUGAAGGUGAUAUUGUUCAUUGCAAGAAACAAAUGGUUUGAAACUACCUUGAGCGCUGAACCUGGAUUUAACGUUUAGAUGCCGAGUAGGAAUAUACUCCACUCUCCAAAUCUGAAUUGGUACAAUUGUCCCCAUUAUUUUAUGUUAGAGUAUUGAGCCUUUGCUGGCUUACAUUCUGCAUGAUCCUGCAGUCAUUCGAAAUAGGGGUUGGAGAUGCAGCUCUCCUUUUCUUCAAAUUGAAGUCCUAUGACUGGGUCAAAGGGUGUUUUAUAAGUAAUAUAUGAACUGAGCUACACAGUCAGUCAAAGAUUCAGAUGUGAUCAGUUUACAGUUGGUAUCGGAGCACCUGAUAUCAGGGCGCUUUACCCCCUGGCAUCUUAUACAAGUAUAUGUAUGUGUGGAAUGUGUGCAAUUUGUAAUUUAAUUUGUUACUGUUUGGGAGCAAGCUUCAAGAUUCCUUGCCCUUUUUGGAAGAGUUUCAGUGCCUAGAAAACAUUCAUGGGAUGUACAAAUUGGACAGCCUGCCCGAUUAAUUAAAAAUAUACGAAGGGCAUCGUUGUUUGGUUAAUAGUUGUUGGUGACAGGAGACUGAAACCUGCAGUUUGUGUUCCCACUGGAUUCAGCCUGUCCUCUUUUGAGAAUGCUGCUCUGUACUGGGCUGCAAUCAGUUCCACAGCCGCUGAAAGGGCUCUGCUACCCGACUCAAGUAUUCAUUCUUUGCUUGUGAGCUGAGAUAAUGAGAAUGUGGGCUAUUCAAUCACAGAGCCUCCAAGCAGCAACCCAAAAGUUCCCGCACAGGCCACAAAUAAGUCAGCCCCUUUAAGUUACCACAUAUGCGGGGACGUGCAAGAAAAAAAUUAAAGGACCUGCGCCCCCAUAAACAAAUCGGCCGCGCACUACAAAAAUAAAUUAGCAGGUGUGUUGAUGGAGACUAUCACAACUGCAAUUCUCAUCCAAUGUCGAGGCAUGCGCAGAAAUCACUGAAUUCCUAUCAGGAGCAAGAUCCGUGAUUUAUUUCUCUUAACCUUCCUCGGGCAUAGCUGCUGAAGCCCAAAUGUAACACCUUCCAUUACCAGCCUGCAAUCCGUUAACGCUACACAGAGGAUUAAACCCAAGGCUCAGUUUCUCAGUUACACACUAGAUGGUGCAUUCAGUCUCCAAGUCACUGGAGGAACCACAAAGGGCUACCUUAAAAUAAAAACAGGCAAAGUUGUAGCUUAAUUGGAAUUGAUGUUGACAGGAAUGACUGAACCACUUUGGGGCAUUGUGUCACUUUCUUUCAUUCAUGAAGAACAUAUUGUAGAGGAGUAGAGCUUGGUGACAAGAAUUCCACCAGUUGGCAGAAAAAUAAAGUGAUGAUAAUCUUUUCAGAAAAAAGGUUUUUGUUCAAUCUUACCAACAAGAAUAUCUUUCAGAACACCAUUACUAGAAAUCUUGCGCCAUCAUCAGCAGAGUCCCAAACUCCAAAUUUCCAGGACUGUCUUGCCAUUUUGGCCCACUUUCCAGACUCGAGCUUUUUUUGAUCAGCGCAAAAACCACCCUUAAAACACCCCCGAAUUCAUCCACAUGUAAAAUUUCAGGUGAUGGAUGGUGGAUUAGAGUUCCAAUGUGACCCUGGUGAUGCGAAUGUUGCACUGUUUGGCCGUCCACUUUAAUGCAAUCAACAUGACAGUUUGACGUUUAAGCAGCAACUCAAAUCGUCAUUAAAAUGUUUGCAGAUAAGGCAAAAUAUUUAGAUUUGAUAUGAUUGAGAAAAUAAAGGCACGGGACAUAAUUAAAAUGUAGUCCUGAAUUACUUUAUGGACAGAGCACUACUUUGCUUGGAACAGAAAGGCCAUUCAGCCCCUCAGGCCUGCCCCAUCAUUUAAUUCAAUUGGUACCUCAUCUUCAUAUGGGGGUAUGGCAGAAAAAUAAAGUUGAUAUUCAUCCGUGAUCAUGUUGAGUGGGUGGAGCAGGUGUGAGGGGCUGAAUGGCCUACUCCCACUCCUAUUUCUUAUGUUCUUUACCUGCCACAGUUCCAUAUCCCCCAAUAACCUUACCCAACAAAAACGUAUUCAUCUUGGUCUCGAGAUCUCCAAUUAUCUCCCAGCAUCCGCAGCCUUUAGGGGGACAGAACUCCAGAUUCCUCCUCCCUGAGGAGGAGAGAUUGCUUCCCAACAUCAUUCCUAAAUGGUCUAACACUAAUAUUAAGUUUAUGCCCCCUGACUCUGGAUCCCUGCACCAGAGGAAAUAGUUUCUCCAUAUCUAUUCUAUUGAAUCCUUUUAUCAUUUGGAACAUCUCAAUUAGAUCACCUGUUGAUUUUCCAAAUACAUCAAACUGCAAGCCAAGUUUAACUUCACCCUCUAAACCUGGGCGUCAUGAACUUGAGGCAUUCUUUAAAAAAAAGUUUAAAAUGGUUUCAGAGACAAAUCCAGGGUUCCUUCAAUGUUUCGACUGGUAACUGCACCAAGCUGAGAUAUGCAGAACACAAUGGCCCUAACUUCCAUCCCUUGUUCAUUUGACUGGCUUCAGUUGUGGUAGCAGUUGGACCUCUAUAAUUGGCCUUAGUGUCUCUCGGCUACUGUGAAAAGUUAGUCCGAGUUCCUGAUACUGAUUGUUAUUCGGUGGCCCUUGUUGGAAUGUUAAGACAGGGCUCAGCUGUGAUGCUACUGCUCCCAUCUAGCUGCUGUAUAACAUUCACUGACAAUGCUUACAGCCAGAUAAUGCCAUUGGGCAGGGCAUCCAGAAGGCAGCCAGCACACAUGGCACCAGACCCAAAGGAACAGUCAUGGCCAGAGAAAGAGCAAGGGUAAAUUACUACAAGGAAUUUCAAAAUCUGGAAAGAGAAUAUUGACCCUACUGUACAGUACAAAAUCCAAUUAUGGUGUGCCAAUUGAUUCUCAGCUUGUUCCUUCAUUUCUCAAUCCACGUUUGUAGGUUGCGAUCUCAGUUCUAUCUACUUAAAACUCAGAAGUGCCACUACUGUCCAUCUGUAAGCAUAAUUGGCAAUUGACAAGUUCGCAUUCAUGGGUGCGUCUUGACUGUUGAGGCAAGCUUACACCUCAUCAGGAGAAAGAAGCAAGAUCGAAUCCACUUCAAUUCAAUUUAAGAUGAAGCAACAUCAGGAAUAGUAGAUCAUCAGGAAGCCCAACUCCUCACCCCCUUCACCCUCCUAUCAUAAGGAGGGUGUCUGAGGAGCUUAAAAAGGGAAACAAAGAGGGGAUCAUGUCAAUGGACUGUUUGAUUCCCAUUACCAAUAUAUCUAUGUUUGUCAUUUCAUUUCCACUGAGUUCUUUGCUAAAAUGUGGCCCAUUCACCGCUGAGCAUUUUCUAUGUAUCAUACUCCUGUAUAUGCAUGUUUUAAUAAAAUAUUGUCUUUUAAAGAGAUGUUGAGAUGGAGUACAAUGCUGUUGUAUCAUAUAUCAAAUUAAAAUUGAAAAACUUUUAAAAGAC